AUGGCAAACCUCAUCAAGAUCGACUGGAAAUACCGAUUCAACGCCGUCGUCGAACUCUUCGACAUGGAGAGUCUCGCCAUAUGCCAAUUGGAAUUGCGCGCACUCCUCGCCUACCCCCAUCUCCCGCGCUACUACAGAAUCAGAUGCCUCAUUCUCCUAGCUCAGUGUGAGGAUGAUUGGUACAAGUCGAAGUAUUAUCAGCACUGCGUCGAGGCCAUCUGGGACCAAACGAACAAAAUGUGGUCAUCGCAGAGUACAGACGACAACGGUGUCGUGAGCCGCCUUCGGGCUAUGCUGGACUCACUCGAAGAAGAAAUGGUCGCAGACCGUCCCGAGGAGGAGUUUCAAGAUUUUCUACAGAGGCAAAGACAUAAAUUCCAUCCCUCUAAUUGUCCGGCAGCCGGGAUAAGCAAGCAGAAGUGA